UCUUCUAAAAACUAAGGUAAACUUUUGCAUUGAUUGUUACAGUUUGGUUCCAGGUGGGCAAAUUAGAGACCCAUCGGGAAUUUUAGAGCACUCAGUAUAGUAUCUCCCUCUCUUGGUUUGGUCACCAACUCUAGAUAGAGAAUUUUUGUGUGACUUCCUGUGCUUCAUUAAAAGUUAUUUGGUAAAUUUGCUUAAUCUAACCAUAGAUAUUUUUGAUGCCUUCUAUGGACGAAAUACAGCACAAUAAACAAAGCAGUUAUAUAACGAUAUUUGCUAUCUGGAAUUCGAUGGUGGGAGGAGGCCUUGUCAGCCACCCUUGGGCCUUCUCUGAGUCAGGGAUUCUACUGUCAUUAGCCAUCAAUUUUUGAGUCAUGAUGGUCUGUUUUUACACAUGAAACUUAGUUGUGAUAUGAGGUAAAGGUGACUAUGAUUUCUUGAUUACUCUCAACAGAUUCUUUGGUAAGAAAGGUCAAUAUGCAGCAAUAGUAACUACAAUUAUAAUGUUAUAUGGAGGAGUCUUGAUAUAUUACCAGCUACAGACACAGACUUUAUUCCCCUUCAUUAUCGGGAUAAAAGAUAUCUUCACCGAGACUUACACAGCAAGUGUGGAGACUGAUGUUGACUUCUCAACUUUCUCACUGACAUGGACGAGUAUAAUAAUUUUCCUCCCAUUAUACUUCAUUGUGUGAAUGAAGGACAGAUCUAUAUUCAUCAAAAUCUCGAGUAUAGGUGUAGUUUUUAUCAUAAUCCAAAUUAUCUUCGUUGUAGUUAUGUUUAUCUACUCUUUAACAAAUACUGAAUACUACUUAACUCUAGUUCAAGAAGAAAGUGAUGGGCCAGAGAAUAUAGCAAUGUUCCAUACAAACUUCCAGUCGUUAACAGGUAUGCUCGCAGCUGGAUAUUACCUCCACCAGUUAGGAUUGCCAAUUAUUUUGGACAAUAAAGAUCAAGAUAAAAAUACAAGAGAUACUUUCUGAGGAUAUUUCUUGGUCUUCUUCACCUAUUGCAUCAUUGGAAUUUGAGGAUAUUUUGGAUUCAGUGGAAGCUAUUUCAAAGGGAUGCCCAUAAAGCAAAAUUUGUUAAACAUGUUCCCUACAAGUAAUCCAAUAGCUACACUUGUGAGGGUAGUCUCGUUCAUCCAAAUCUUUUCCGUCUACCCUCUUCUUUUUCAUAUUGUGAGAGUCAACUUCUUCAAGGCUAUUGGGAAGAUUGAAUUCGAAGGUUAUGUGUUUUAUAUCUACAACUUUAUUGCGAGUCUUCCUUGAGUAGUCCUCGCAAUAUGGUACCCAAGAGUAGGAGACAUGCUGGGCUAUUGAGGGAGCAUCUUGGGUAUCUUCGCUAUUUAUCUCUUACCAGCGAUACUUCACCUCAGGAGAACUUGGCUUGAAGUCAAAGAUCCUGAAGCUCUGUAUAUUCUUGAGAGUUCUCAUGAAAAGGAAGGCCAAGGCAAUCUUUGAUCUAAACCAGAAGCCCAAAUAUUUAAUGAUCCAGCUUCUGACGAGCUUAAGGAGAGAUUCUUAGACAAAGAGCAAGAUAUGUCCGAUGAAGUCGGGAUAACAACUACUAAUGGCAACAUCAAAAAGUUUGAGAAGAAGCCGAUGUCCAAAUUCAUCACUGCAUUAUGCCUAGAUUCACUUGCAGUAGGCUUUGGAAUGGUGGUUUUCGUCCUUCAGUUUAUAACAUUUUAG